AUGAGUUCCGACGACGAUACCGAUAACCCCCGCAAAAGACGGCGCAUAGCUGCUCCCGAGACCAGUCCGUAUGUGCUUCGAGAGCUCAUAGAUUCAGUUCCGGUUGCUGGUGACGGGGCCGAGCAAGAUGCCUAUAUCACCUGUGUAGAAUAUUGGAACGAUAAUCUCUACGUCGGAACCUCUGCUGGAGAGGUCCUACAUUUCGUUUCCUUCCCUUCCGAUUCGCAAGUAUUGGACGAGCCGUCCUUCAUUUUGGCUUCCAGGCUAUCCAUCACGCCAUCACAAAGCAGCCUACCUCCAGACACACCGCUCGGAGUGCAGCAGAUACUCAUUCUACCUUCUACAUACAAAGCCUGCAUUCUAUGUAAUGGCGUCGUCACAUUUUACUCGCUCCCCGAGCUAAGUCCGACCUAUGGAACUACAAAAGUGGGCAACUGUAAAUGGAUUGGGGGGCUUGAUCUCAAUGAAUCACAUGAGGGUGCAGACCUGUUUGAUCCGGUGGUUAUGAUUGCAGUUUCUAACAGAAUAAUGCUUGUGAGAAUUGGCGACGAACCUCGAAGACCUCCAUCAAUUUCAAAUGCCCCAGGACACGGUAGAAGCGCGAGUCUAAAUACACUAAGUGGCAUUGGGAACAUCCAACUAAACCCCCAUCCAAACUUUCCCCAAAGAUCAAGCUCCAUAACUCAGGAGUCCUACAUGAAGAAUAGGACUCUCCCUGGUUCGCCAGGCUCCCCUGAGAAAAAAUCUCCUGAUUCAUCAGGACCAUCUUCAGAGAACGGUGGGCCAGGCUCCGACGGAUCGUCUCCGUUAUACCAAAAGCCAUUGCCCCCCCCACCUCCGAAACAAUCGACGACGCGACUCAAGCCACAUGUCGUAUCACCAACCGCUUCUGAAUUUCUCCUGGUUACGGGCACUGAGCCGUCGGAGCCUGGUGUGGGUAUGUUUGUUAAUGUCGAGGGGGAUGUGGUUCGGGGGACUCUUGAGUUUCGCAAAUACCCAAUGGCCAUUGUAGUCGAUGACGACAGUAACGAGGGAAGCCAUCCGCGUACGAGUGACGAAAAUCAGAAUGGGUAUGUCUUGGCAGUUAUCAGCGCUGACGACGACGACGAGGAUAGCCGAACAUAUCUCGAGGUGCAGAGGUGGAACGCAGUUCCAGGGGAACGUAGGUUACAAAAGACAUCGGUAGAAAUACCCUCAGCCAGCCCAUCUCCCGGCGCGGUUGGAAUCAGGCGUUCUGUCGGCGCCAGCCGUGCCUCCUUUUCAGAAAUCGUCGAGGUGAUGCGGAUGGUUCGAUUAAAAUUGUCCAGCGUAAUUUCGCCAACGAUUCCUUCAACACCCUCAGAGAAUAGCGACCCGAGAACCCGGGCCUCCCUCGAACAUCUACAAAAGGAAAGGGAGCUAUUUGAUAACCAGGACACUGACUCUGACGGCCAAAAGCAUCCUUCUUCAUCGAGUGUUAACCGUGACUGGGAAGUUCAAAGGAACCAAGAAGAGGCCAAGUUUGCCCGUGGGCUCGCAACUGUCAACAGCAGUAUACUUCUCUGGGAAGGAAACAAAAUUUGGAGGGUUCUACGGAAUCCGCUGGCGCUGCAAUUGGAGAAUUCUCUCGAAUUGGCUAAGCAAAAAAGUAGCACCGACCAGAAUGAUGUUGUUAUUGAUAGAGAAGCCAUUAUAGGUCUCAUCCAAGGACUUCAAGAUAUGGAACCCAAAACAGAAACAGAAUACAUCGGUUUGCGUUACGUCCGACAGAAGGCAAGUUUGCUUCUCUUUGUUGAUCUACUCUCCGCGAACGCAGGGUCUCGGGUCGAGUCGACGAUAAAAUCAACGGAAGAUGCGCUCGUCGCCGGGGAGCUCGACCCACGAGUGUUUCUCCUUUUAAUACCUCUACUCAAAGAUGAAGUACUUCAAGGCCCGCAAGGGAUCUGGGUAUACAAUGGCCUAGUCAAGGUGAUAUCAUCGUGUUUCAGUCCACCAGAUGUAGAAACAGAACAUAAACUGCCAAAUUUUCGCAUCGAUGACGAUAUUCUUCACAUGGUUAGGCGUUAUCUACUUGGUUGGCAGAAGAAACGAGGCUAUGGUAGUGUGACAGAUGAGACAUGCGAAACAUAUUCACGAAAGAAAUGCACCACUUGGAGGUUCUCUGCGGUCAGAGCUGAACAAACUUGUUGA